CGGCGCCUGGGCACUGGCAGCAGGCGCGGUGAAGAUACGUCACGACACAGACAGGAGCUGAGCUCGGUUGCUAAUAGCAGUGUAGUGCGGUAUAAUAGAAUUAGUGUCAGUGGGAGAUGUCGUGGUUGCGGGCGGCCGCGGAGCUGCAUCCGGCUAGUGAGGAGGAGGCCGAGGUGUUUGAUGAAGGGCAGGACGAGAUGGAGCUUGUUCAGAGGGAGUGGAAGAGAUCCAUGGAGCAGAGACUGAGGGAGGGCUAUCUUGAUGGGAUAGAAGCUGGAAAGGAAAACUCUUUGCAAACAGGGUUUAAUUCAGGUUACAAGCUGGGAGUGAGCAUGCUUAUGCCCUGUGGAGAACUUAGAGGAACAUUAAGUGCUCUUGUCACUUGGUGUCAAGUUCACCAGUUGGAACCUUCCAUGACCACACAGCUUGGGGAGCUACUGACUUCAGUGUGUCAAUGUGAAGACCACAUCGUGAAGGUCUUGUCUUCCAUUCACCAGGUCGCUCACCCUACAGAUUUAUCAAGCUCUUUGGAGGACAUGGAUCUCGCCAGCCACAUACAUGAGGCAGAUAAGAGGUCCUGUAGUGCGGGUCAGGAUUGCUGCCACAACCAGGAAUCUCUGCCAUCUUCACUGCUUAGCGGUUGUAGGACUACACAGCAGCUGAGUGAUGUAGUGAAACAGGAACUUAGCCGGAUUCUGGGAGAUACCCAUGCUAUAGCUCAACAGCUGAACAUGUCUGAAGAUCUACUUUAUUAUUUGCAAUCUCUGAAAACAAUGUAUUUAACAUCUUGAAUUUUCUGCUGCUUUAUUUCAGCACUGUUCUAGUUAUGUUUUAUCAACAGGAGAAACUAUUUGUCCGAUAUCUCUGCCCUGGAAUGGUUAUAUAGCAAUAUUAGAUUAUGAAUAGCCAUUAAAUUUGGUUUGUUUCUUGCAAGUUCUUCCGUCCAGUGCCUAGGCUGGAAAAUGUUUCUUCUUUAGUAUAUAGGAACUUUAAUUCCGUAAACACUGAAAAGCAUAGUUAUCCGUGGGCGAAUUGAUAAUUCUAACACAGAUAUCUGAUCUUUAAUCAGUAUGCUUGGAACUCUGCUUUUUACAGGUUUUAGGGGGUUUUCUGCAUUAACUUGGAGCACCAUGCUCAACAUAUAGUAGUUUCCAUUUAAACAUUGAUCAGAUGGUGUGGUAUAGUGCAGCUCAGGAUCUAAUAAAUAAUUAAGGGGUUCGUGGUUUGAGAGUAUGUACUAAAAGGAACUGUAAUGAUAUGUAGUAUGUGUACCGAAAUGCAUUGAACGAAGUGUCGUUUAAGAGGUGUAUUUAUUAAAAGCAAUGUCGGAGUCACAGUGCUCUCAAGUCAGGUAUGUCUCUCGGUACUAUCGUUUCUUGAGUUUACCCUCCUAAAAGGUAUACUACCACUUCAAGGGGACCAUUUCAUAGAGGGAUUUGUUCAUCUGUUGUUCCCCAUAUAAUACACUAGUGUAAGUCCCUCCCUUGGAAUAGCACUGCUUCUGCCAGGUCUUAAGCGCCCUACACAUUUGCCAAUGUGUGCGGGCGAUAUGAACGAGAAAUUGUUCAUAUCCCUCGUGUGUAUGCACCAACGAUGAACGAUGCGUGGCCCCGCGGUCGUUCAUAGUUGGUUCUCCGUCGCUUUGCAAUGCAAGUAAAUUUGGACAAUGAACGAUCAUCAUUCAGAUCGAACAUCUGCAAGUGUGUAGGGCCCUUUACAUGGCAGGCAUCUCUGGCUGGACUUCAAAUUUUACAUGUCAAAUGAAUGGUGGUACCUUAUUAGCUGUCUAUGGUAUCCAACCAUUAAGAUUCUACAUUAAAUGUAAUACAGAA